UCGUUCGCGGGCAGUCGGCGGCGAGCAUGGCCGGGCACGAGGCGCUUCUGUCGGCGUGCGAGGAGCGACGCGGGCGGCGCGGAGGCACCGCGUCGUCGCGACCACAAGUGACGGCAACCAAAACAAUUGGCGCUCGCUCGCUCGCUCGCUCACUAAAAGACACUUUGCUUGCGUUUUCUUCGUUGCAUUGCUUGAUUCUUUUCUGUUUUGGACCGAGAUGAUGUUGCGGACUUCCAGAGUUGCUUUCGAAGACUGAAGAAGAAGAAGAAGAAGAAGAAGAAGAAGAAGAGGAAGAGGAGGAGGAGGAGGAAGAGGCGGUUGUGCGUUCGCGUCGUCGCAAGCCGGCCGGCAGCAUGAUCAGGAUCUUCCCGGACUUCAGCGUGCAGGUGUCGGCGUCGGCGUCGGCGUCGGCUCCCGGCGGAGGGAUGGUGAGCGGAGCCGCCAACGGAAGCCCGCAGAGCGCGCACGGACUCCCGGGCUACCAGCAGAGCGACCCCUACUGGGAGCGUCCGGCCAACGCGGGCAACUGCUCCGCCGCCCGGCCUAAGACCCUUCACCUGGCCGGAGGGCAGCAGCACACCUCGUCUCCAUGGCUGCAGGCGCUCCGCAAGGAGAAGUCUCGGGACGCGGCGAGGUCGCGGCGCGGGAAAGAGAACUUUGAGUUCUACGAGCUGGCCAAGAUGCUUCCGCUGCCGGGCGCCAUCACCAGUCAGCUGGACAAAGCGUCCAUCAUACGCCUGACCAUCAGCUACCUGAAGAUGAGGGACUUUGCCAAUCAGGGGGACCCCCCCUGGAACCUGCGCAUGGAGGGACCGCCCCCCAACACGUCCGUCAAAGCAAUCGGCAACCAGAGGAGGAGGACUCCCAGCACGUUGGCCUCGGACAUCUUCGAGCCGCACCUGGGCAGCCACAUCCUGCAGUCUUUGGACGCGUUCGUAUUUGCGCUGAACAAGGAAGGCCGCUUCCUGUACAUCUCGGAGACCGUCUCCAUCUACCUGGGACUCUCGCAGGUGGAGCUCACGGGCAGCAGCGUUUUCGACUACGUGCACCCGGGCGACCACGCGGAGAUGGCGGAGCAGCUGGGCAUGAAGCUUCCGCCCGGGCGGGGCCCGUCCCUCUGCGCGGGCGCCGCCAACGAGGACGGCGCGUCGUCGGCGUCGUCGGCGUCGCGCCCCGAGACGCCCGAGCCAGCGGAGUCGAGCAGUCCGAGCGGCCUGUCCCCGGACGGCUGUCUGGAACGUUCCUUCUUCAUCCGAAUGAAGUCCACGCUCACCAAGAGAGGCGUCCACAUCAAGUCGUCAGGAUACAAGGUGAUCCACGUGACGGGUCGCCUGCGCAUCCGGAUGGCGCUGACGCACAGCCGCUCGGUGCCCAAUCAGAUUAUGGGCAUGGUGGUGGUGGCGCACGCGCUGCCGCCGCCCACCGUCAACGAGGUGCGCAUCGACUGCCAGAUGUUCGUGACGCGCGUCAACAUGGACCUCAAGUUCGUCUACUGUGAGAACAGGAUCAGCGACUACAUGGACAUGUCGGCGGCAGACGUCGUGGGCAAACGCUGCUACCAGCUGAUCCACGCCGAGGACGCGGAGGUCAUCAGGCAAAGUCACGUCGAGCUGAUGAGCAAAGGCCAGUGCGUGACCAAUUACUACCGCUGGAUCCAGAGGAGUGCCGGCUACAUUUGGAUCCAGUCCAGCGCCACCAUCGCCAUCAACACCAAGAACGCCAACGACAAGAACGUCAUCUGGGUCAACUACAUGCUCAGUAACCACGAAUACAAGGACACGCCCAUCGACCUGGGCCAAAUGCCGAGCCUUCCGGAAAAGAAUUCAGAAUCCUCCGAAUCCUCGGACUCGGACUGCGCGUCCAAAGAAAACUCUGACAACGAGAAGGCGGCGGGUAAGCUCAACCAACCAGAGCGCAGCGAGGACGCGCAGGCGCAGAACCGGCGGCAGCAGCAGCGCUGCAGCCAAUCGCGGUGCUCGUCCGAGCAGGAAGCGAAGCGGCCGGAGGAGCGUGACACAUCCAGCAACGCUGACAGUCCAGAUAGCAACGACAGCCUGGACGCUUCCGACGCAGAACCGGACGAGCCCGAGGACUCCGGAGGGGCCGGGAUGGGCGGCGUCCUGGGCGGCCUUCACAUCAAAGUGGAGCAUUAUGGCGAGGCGGAGGAGGAUGUUCAGCCUUCACAGUCGUCUUCGUCGGAGGAGGAGGAGGAGCAUGAUGAAGAAGAUGGGGGCGCCAUGGUGGGCGGCGGCAUGGAGAAACUCCAGCAGCGGAAGAGGCGGAAAGUGCAGAAGUGGGACAGGACGCGAAGCAGGAAGUUGCGUCUCUCCUCCACGACGCCCAGCCCGGCCGCCGCAACCGACGGCACCCCGCUGCUGGAUGCCGCCCAGGCCGCCGACCCCAAUCCGUCGCACCUCCUCGUCGCCGGCUCCCCGGGCGGCGGCACGUUAUCUUCGGUCCUGAAGAUCAAGACGGAAAUGUCGGAGCCCAUCAACUUCGACAACGACAGCAGCAUCUGGAACUUUCCGCCCAACCGCGAGAUUUCCCGCAACGAGUCCCCGUACAGCAUGACGACGGCCAAGCCCGCCAUCCCGGCCCCCCUCAAGCAGGGCGGCUCCCUCCAGGUUCCCAUCCCCGACGCCGUCCUUACACCACCCGCUACCGAGGGCGGGGCCGGAGCCAGGAAGCCUCCUUACAACGGAAGCUCGACCCCGUCCGGCUUAGCGCCCGCGGAUCCCCUGUCGCCGCCUCUCUCGGCGUCCCCCCGGGACAAGCAGCAGGGUACCCCCACCACCACUUCCUCCUCUUCCUCAUCCUCCUCGUCGCUGCUGUGCUCGCGCGACCUGGAGGCACUGCAGCGCUUGCAGUCGGGCAACGUGGUCCUCCCGCUGGUUCACCGCGUCGCAGGCACCCCGGCGCCCACCGGUAGCACGCCGCCCCGCGUGUACACCACCGGGACCAUCCGCUACGCCCCCGCGGACGUCACGCUAGCCAUGGCACCGGGGAGCCUGCUGCCUAACGCCUCGGUGAACUUUGUGGACGCUCCGGGUUUCGGCCUGGACCCCAAGACGCCCAUGGAGAUGCUGUACCACCACGUGCACCGUCUCAACAUGUCCGCCGCCGCCGCCACCACGGGACCUUUUGCGGCCUCCCCGGUGCCCUCCGGAGGCACGGGCGCCCUGGCGGCCCAGAUGCCCACGGCCGCCGCCAACGUGUUCACCACGGCCGACGCCAUUUUCUCCACGCUGCCGUUUCCCGUCUACACGAACGGCAUCCAGGCUGAGAGGAAGGAGGACUAGAGGGGACCGGCCCAGACCGGAGACCGGGUUACUGUGCUUUCCGACUCUACUGUGUCGCCGGGGAGGAAGUGAGAAAGGAAGGGAAGAAGGAACGGAAAGCGAGGAAAGUUGGAAGAAUGACAUUAGAACACGAGGGAAGGAAGGAAAGAAGGAGGGAGGGAGAGGGUAGGAAGGAUGAAAGUCAGACUCAAAAGAUAGGGAGGGAAUGAAGGAAGGAUGGGUGCAAGGAGGAUAGGAAGGAAGGAAGGAGGAUAGGAGAGAAGGAAGGAAAGUGGAAGAAAGGAGGCAAGGAACCAAGGAAGGAGGGGAUAGUACUAUCCCUCCUAUCCUCCUGGGAAGGAAGGAUGGAAGAAGGAUUGAAGGUAGGCAAUAACAAAAGAGGACAGAAGGGAGAAGGGAGAAGGAUGGAGGGAAGGGAGGUUACAGGGAUCGAAGGAAGGACCGCCAAACCUUGUGUAGCACUUUUUUUAACUCCUCGCUUCUUUCGGCCGCCAUUUUGCUCCGCCGCCAAUCUAGCUGAUGAUUGUGAAUGUCAGCACUUCCUGUUCGUCAUCACUUCCUGUUGUCGCUGGCCACGAUCAAAACAACACAAAACUGACAAACAAAAACAAGCGACUUGAGAAUGUGGAACUACUUCCUGUUGCGUCAUCUCGGCCCGUCGUCCAUCUUGGAAUUUCAAUGACGACACAUGUGGUGCUACAACAAGAUGGCCGUCGUCGUUUCAGUGACACUGUGGUUAAGCGCUUAGCAUAGAGGCGAGUCAGCUAAUUCGUUAGCAUUGAUGCUCAUCAGCUCGUGUUGUGGCUAAUCAGUUAGCAUUUAUGCUAAUCAUUAACAUUGAUGUUAAUCAAUUAGCAUUGUUGCUAAUCAGCCAGCGUUGAUAUCAGUCAGCUGGCAAUGAUGCUAAUCGGCCAGCACUGAUACAAAUCAGCUAACGUUGAUGGGAAUAGGUUAGCUUUGAGGCUAAUUCGCAGACCUUAAUCAGUUAGCAUUGAUGCUAAUCAGCUAGCAUUGCUCCUGUCACUGGUUCACAUUGAUGCUAAUUAACUAACAUUAAGGCUAUCUGGUUACUAUUGAGGCAAAUUGACUAGCUUUGAUGCUAAUCAGCAAGACUUGAUGUUAGUCAGUUAGCAUUGCUGCUGUAAUUGCCUCAUAUUUAUGCUAAUUAACCAACAUUGAUGCCUUGAUGUUAAUCAGUAAGCGUUGAUGCUCUUCACCCACUAGCAUUGACGUUAAAUCGCCAUUGUUACUAAACAGCUGGCAGUGGUGUUACUUGUUUGGUGAUGAUGCUAAUAGGCUAGCAUUGACUAAUCAGUUAGCCUUGAUGUUAAUAGGUUAGCAUUGAUGCUAGUCACCAACUAGCAUUGACGCUAAUCAGUGGGUAUUGAUGUUAACUGGUUAGCAAUGAUGCCAGUCAGCUAGCAUUGUCGUUACCUGGUUAGCUGUGAUGCUGAUUAGCUAGCAUUGAUGCUAAUUAGUUAGCUUGGCUAACUUGAAAAAUGAAUGUCUUGGACUCGGACCGGUUGCUGUUUGUUUUGACACGUGUUUUCCCGCACUACUACUUCUUCGGGAAUCUCCUCGGCCAACUUCGGGCAAGACAAUCGGCCACUUCCGUCGCAUCGCCGGACUUUGGAAAACCGACCGUCUGACCGACCGCACAUCGACUGGACGCCUCGUUGCCAAAAAAAAAAAAAAAAAAAAAAAAAAAAGAGGAAAAAAAACUGUUUAAACAAACGUGUGCACUGUGAAUCGACAUCAUUUGUAUUUUUUGCUAAGAAGACGAAAAAAAAUGAUCCCGCAAAAAUGUGCUCAGCGCGUAAAAAGUGGUGUUUUUUUGUUUAUCCCUCCGCCCCGCCGUGUUUUUGGUGUGGCUCACGGCCACUUCCUGUUCCUGUGCGUGUUGCUCUGUGCCGUGUGUGCGCUGUCGCCGCCGCCGCUUUCGUCGCGCUGUCGUCGUCGUCGUCGUCGUGUCUUCUCUGUGCUCUCGUUCGUGUGACCCCAAACCAACCCAGGGAGGUUUUGGAGGUUUGUGUGCUGCAGGGAAUUACAAAGAAAAUAAGGAAAACAUUUUGUACUUUCUUCUUCUUGGUUGUUAGUUUUUUUUUUUUUGGUCUUUUCUUCUUCUCUGCUUUGCUUUUGUGCCGUUCUCUUGUUGGCAAACUGUCCAAACGCUUCGUGUGGGCCUCGCAAAGCAUUCUGAGCCUCAACAGCCCCUUUCGCGCUGUCGUUUUUGGCGUAACGGUCGGACAUUGACGCGGCCGUCGCGGCUUGACGGAUUCGGAUAAUUCGAUGACGAUUAUCUCAUUGACCGCCGGCCGUCUUGAAGCGCUUUGACCGAUCGAGACCCACAGAAUACUUUGAUCUGCGACAAAAUAAGCAGCCAACUUACCAAAAGAAAGAAUAGACUUACCAGUCAAAAAAGGUGCUUUCUGUCAUUUUCCGUUUUUUAAUAAUCAGGAGCAAAAUGUGGGUCACCAAAAACACCAGUUUCUCACCAAAAAGCAGAGAAAAGGAGCUUUCUGUGAAAAGAAAUGUAAUGCAGAACAGUAAUAACUUUUGCUUCAAACAAACAAAAAAUAUUUAAAUCAAGCAACAACAACACUGAGAAAAGGCUUUUGAUGGCAAAAAAAAAAUAUAUAUUUACAGAGAGUGAAAAAAGAACAAUUCCUAGCCCAAAAGAAAAACAUGAAUAAGCGUGCUAUCGGGUCCAAAAAUGCAAAUGCAAAAGGUGGUGGGCGCCUCACAGUUGUGAGGACCGGGGUUCAAUCCCCGGCCCCGCCUGUGUUGCGUUUGCACGUUCUCCCCGCGCCUGCGUGGCUUUUCUCCGGGCACUCCGCUUUCCUCCCACGUCCCUAAAACAUGCGUGCUAGGUUGAUUGAAGAGUCAAAAAUUGGCCGUAGGUGUGAAUGUGAGUGCCAAUGGUUGUUUGUUUCUAUGUGACCUGCGAUUAGGCAAUUGGCUGGCGACCAGUUCAGAACAUUCUUCUGAACAUGAAAUAUGUCAUCUUUAACCCAAAAACUUUGUUCUAUUUUUACAUGGAUGAUUUCAAAACAAAAAUUUGCUUUGAAUGUCAUUAUCUUUGUUUUAUAUUCUCAAGUGUUCAUGUUAGGAGAGAGGAAAAAGGCUAAUAUCAGCCGGCCGAUGAAUCGGUGGGGCCCUAAUUCGAAUCAAUAGGUACAGGGUUAUCUAUUAUUAUCAUUAUUAUUAUUAUUAUUAUUAGGAUAAUAAUAAUAAUAAUGAGAAUGCCGCACGGUGUUCGACCGGUUAGCACAUCCGCCUCACAGAUCUGAGGACGCAGGUUCAAAUCCGGCCUGGCCCGUGUGGAGUUUGCAUGUUCUCCCCGUGCCUGCGUGGCUUUUCUCCGGGUGCUGCGCUUUCCUCCCACGUCCCAACAACACGCGCGCGAGGUUCAUUGACGACUCUAAAUUGCCCGUAGGUGUGAAUGUGAGUGCCAAUGGUUGUUUGUUUCUAUGUGACCUGCGAUUAGCUAGCGACCAGUUCAGGGUGUACCCCCCGCCUCUCGCCCGGCGAUAGCUGGGAUGGGCGCCAGCACGCCCGCGACCCGCGUGAGGAAAAGCGGCACGGAAAAUGGACGGAUGAAUGGAGAAAACAGACUUCAGUCACUUGUUGUGACUUUGUCGCCAUCCAACAUCAAAGAGGCGUAAAAGCGGCUGACGUCCGACCCGUUUCCCAGAAUGCUUUGCGGCUCGGUGCAAGUGUUGCGUGUAUUACGUUGGCUUCUUGCCAGAUGAGGAAAAAAAAGCAAAAGAUGUUUACAAUCGUUCUAAAGAAAGACAAACUGUUCAAAUAAAAAUCUAUUUUUCCAUCACAAGUGACGCGAGCGCUCCCGUCCAAGUGUGUAGCGACCAAUCGCAGGACUCCAAACGGAGUGGAAAGCAAAAUGCAAUUUGCCUUUCCCGCGUGACCGCUGAGCGCACGCUAGCUCUUCCUUUUGUAGCCUUCGAUCGUGGGCGGCCCAGAAAUACACGAAACACACGCACGCGCACGCGUGGCCAGAAAAUGCAAAGCGCCUUCUUGGAAUUCUUCAAAUUCUUGGAAAUGUUCGAAUUCUUCUUCCCGGCGUUGUUCUUCUUUCCGUGUUUGUGUGUAAAGACGUAAAACCGGCGGCUGCCGUCCCCAUCAUUUAAGUGUCAACAAAAACUGUGUCUGUGUUUUGGAAAUUCUUCUUCUUCUACAAACUCUUUUGAUAAGAAGACAAAGAAAAAGCUCUUCUCUUACUAUCUAUGUUAACAGUGUUAUUCAAGAGUUAAAAAAAAAAAAAAAAAAAAAAGAGUCAAUAAACUAGGGUCCAUUUGUAUUUUUUUCCUGGCCGAAGAGGAGGAACACAAACACAACGCUAACAUAGAGUGCCUGCCUUGUUUUUUCUCUUCUUUUCCUCUUCUACCGUUUGUUGUCCUGCCAUCGAAAAUGCUGCAAAGCGAGCGUGCACAAACCUCAUUUUUGUAACGGUUCUUCUUUUCUACGUUUACUAAGUUGUCACACGGCGUCACUACGACAUCUGGCAGGAGACCUUUUCACAAUAAAAACAAGUUUCUCUUCAA